AUGAAGUGUUUCACUUCAUGCUACGAGGACUGGGUCCGGAAGCAGGAGUGGGACCUCACCUACCUCCUGGCCGCCGCCUCCACCUCCGCCGCCGCUUCGGCCGAGCAGACUGCCGCCGACGCCGAGCUGCGCGUCGUGGUCGAGAAGAGCCUGCGGCUGUACGAGGAGUACGCCGAGCAGCGGUGCGCGCUGGCCCCUGCCGACGGGCCCGCCUUCUUCUGCCCGGCGUGGUGCUCCGCCUUCGAGAACUCCGUCCUCUGGAUGGGCGGCUGCCGGCCCACCCUCUUCAUCCGCCUCCUCUACUCCCUCUCCGGCGCCGCGCUCGACGCCCGCCUCCACGACUUCCUCAACAACGGCGGGGACGACGGCACAGAUCGCCUCUCGGCAGAACUGCUACGGGGAGAGAAAUCGAUGCUAGGGCUGUCAGCACGGCAGCUCGGUCUGGUGGACGAGCUGCACGGCCACACGCUGAGGGAGGAGGGCCGGCUGACGGCGAAGAUGGCCACGGUGCAGGAGGACGUGGCCGACAGGCCGCUGCUCUCUGCCGCGCGAGUGCACCGGAAAAUCACUUCUUCUUCGGCUGCUGCUGCUGCUGCUUAUGCUGCUUCUUCUUCUUCUUGGGGGAACGAUGGAGAUGUCGCGGCGGCAAUAAAGAGUUGCGCAGAGGAGAUGGCUGGAUUGCUGGUGGAGGCGGAUCGGCUGCGGGUCGCGACGGCGAGGGCGCUGCUGACGGAGAUUCUGGGCCCAAAGCAGGCCGUGGAGCUGCUCGUGGCCGCAAAGCAGCUGCAUCUUUCAAUCCACAAGUCCAGCAAGCAGAGGGAUACUGAUCUCUGCUGCGGCGGCGGCGGCGGCAACGUGGACGGAGCUGUUUUUUGAUGUGGCUU